AUGCAGAGCAGCAACAUCCUCCAGAUUCCCUUCCGGCGCACGCAUGUCACGCAGCUGUCGGAAGCAAUCAAAGUCCAGAUCGGCACCACCUUCGACCAACACCCGGACUUGUUCACUCGUGACCUGGAGAUCAUCGACCAGCUGCGCAAAGAUGCCGUCAACGCUCUCGAGCCUCACAGUAGCGGCAUCAAGAAGCUGCAGGCCUACGCCGCACAGCUCGUAUGGCUGGGCGGCAAGUUUCCAGUAGACAUGGGCGCGAAUUUCACCUGGUAUCCUUCUUUGGGAUAUAACACAGAUCGACCCAUCACCGAAAACAACAUUCGAUUCGAGCUUGCAAAUGUGCUGUUCAAUCUGGCUGCUAUGUACUCACAGCUAGGGCUUGCCUCAAACCGUGCCACCGGAGAUGGCCUGAAGAGCGCUGCGAAUAACUUCUGCUUCGCUGCGGGAGUGUAUAAGCAUUUGAGAGAGAAUGUCGUCCCGGACAUGAAGACCGCACCGCCAGAGGACAUGGACCCUGCGACUCUGCAGGCUUUGGAAGCUUUGAUGCUAGCACAGGCGCAGGAGUGCUUCUGGCAGAAAGCAGUGAAAGAUGGGAUGAAGGACGCUAUCAUCGCGAAACUUGCAGCCAAGGUCAGCGAUCUAUACAACGAUGCGAAGGAGUGGAGCUUGAAGACAGAUAGCGUGCGCAGCGAAUGGAUACACCACAUGAACGCUAAGCAUCACCACUUUGCCGCAGCUGCGCAAUACCGAGCAGCGUGUGACUGCCUGGAGAAGAGAAAGUACGGCGAAGAAGUGGCGCGCUUGAGGGAUAGCUUGACGUGCGCCAUGAUUGCGCUGAACGAGACGAAGUGGAUCAACAAAAUGGUGCUUGCAGAUUUGAACGGCUUGAAGAAUAGAGUAUCGGAAGAUCUCAAGAGAGCGGAGAAAGACAAUGACACAAUAUAUCUGAUCCCCGAGCCUUCGAAGAGCGAACUCAGACCACUCGAUCGUGCUAGCAUGGUGCAGUCGCGAGUGCCAAAAGAGGUGUCGAAUUCGCAAGAGAUGUUGGGAGAUAGAAGCGAGCUCGGAAAGCCACUGUUCUCGAAACUGGUACCGUAUGCGGUGCACGUUGCAGCAUCGAUCUACACCGAUCGGCGAGAUCGCCUAGUCAACAACACUAUUAUCGCAGAGUUGGACGCCUUGACCGUGCGGAUACAUGAGCUUCUAUCGAGCCUGAACCUGCCAGGAUCACUGCAGGCGCUGGAGAAGCCAUUAGGCCUACCUCCAGGAUUGGCGAGCCAUGCAGACGAGAUACGACAAAUCGGCGGGGUGCAUCUUCUCCACAGCACUAUUGCUGACACCGAGAAGCUGAAAGCCAAUAAUCGAGCACUAUACCAAGAAGGCAUCGAUCUUCUGCGUACAGAGUCCAACGAAGACGAAACUGCAAGACGAAAAUAUGGCACAGAUCGUUGGUCACGUCCAUCUGGCCGCCAAGCCGCCAAACAGCUAUAUGACCAGAUUGACGCCAUCGAUGGCUGGCUCAAAGCGGCAGACACCACAGACCGCAGUGUCCUGAACAGACUGCGCGAGAACGAAACUCUCAUACGACUUCUUGGCGGAAGUGAUCGAGACUUGGAGGAUUACGUACCCUCGUCGCGACGAGCGACCAUGACUGCAAAAGUCGAACGUGAAGCCAACGCACUCCGCGCUACACUGAAUGAGGUGUCUCGACUCGAGUCCAGGCGAAGGAAGAAAGUUGAGGCGCUGCGAAUGAAGGUCAAGGAAGAUGACAUUCAGCCUGACCUUCGCAAAGAGUCUAACAAGCUCGAGCGCGAAUAUCCGAUGAUGCCUAUCCAAGCGUCACAAUUCGAGAACCUAUUCGAUGAGCGGUUGCAGAAGUACGACUUGGACCGCAGCAGCCUCAAGACCGAAGAACGGGAACAAGACACGCUCCUGCAGCGGGUCAAAGACGCCAAUCAGUCUUUUCAAAACGCUAAAAGAGGAGACAGCAGCUCCAAAGAACGUGAAGACGCUCUGCAAAAUCUCGAGAAUGCUUACACGGCGUACAAAGAAAUCAUGAAGAACCUUGAAGUGGGCCGCAAGUUCUACAACGAUCUCAGUGGGAUUACCCUGAAGUUCCGAGAUGAAUGCCGGGCGUUCUUCACGCAGAGACGAAGCGAAGCCUCGGCUAUCGAUGCUGAUGUGUCCAAUGCUCUCGCAGGUCUGCAGCUUCAGCAGCACACGCAAGCCAAUUUGUUGCAAGAACGAGCUGCGGAGGCCGCUUCACGCAGAGGGAGUGUGCAGCCUGCGAAGCCCGAGGCGACGAUACCGGCACCUAUACCGCAAAGAGUGGCGGUUCAACCACCGCCUGUUGCUAACGUGCAGAGUCCGGUGAGUGCUGGCCCGGCGAACCAAACGUGGAAUGAGAACAUGCCGAUUGUGUUUGGGGGAGCUGGAAAUGGCAAAGCUGCAGCGGGACAGACUUGGGAUCCCACCAAAGGGUUGCAUUUUGGGAAGAAGUAGUUGUCAGGCGUGGAUAUCAUUUUGAUGAAGAAGCCCAUUCCAGUAUUCGUGCUCGGGAAACAGCAGAAAGUAAAAAGGGUAACGAAUAGACAAGAGUAGGAUAUAUC